AUGGGAAAAGAGAAGGUUCACAUUAACAUCGUGGUCAUUGGCCAUGUCGACUCUGGGAAGUCAACUACCACUGGCCACUCGAUUUACAAGCUUGGAGGUAUUAACAAGCGUGUUAUUGAGAGGUUUGAGAAAGAAGCUACCGAAAUGAACAAGAGGUCAUUCAAAUAUGCCUGGGCGGACUGUGCUGUCCUUAUCAUGGACUCCGCAACUGGUGGUUUUGAAGCUGGUAUUUCCAAAGAUGGACAGACUCGGGAGCAUGCUCUACUUGCCUUCACCCUUGGGGUCAAGCAAAUGAUCUGUUACUGUAAUAAGAUGGAUGCCACUACUCCAAAGUACUCUAAGGCUAGGUAUGAUGAAAUUGUGAAGGAAGUUUCUUCCUACUUGCAGAAGGUUGGUUACAACCCAUACAAAAUUCCAUUUGUUCCCAUCUCUGGUUUUGAGGGUGACAACAUGAUUGAGAGGUCCACCAACCUUGACUGGUACAAGGGUCCAACUCUUCUUGAGGCUCUUGACCAGAUCAAUGAGCCUAAGAGACCAUCACACAAGCCUCUGAGACUUCCUUUGCAGGAUGUCUACAAGAUUGGUGGUAUUGGAACUGUUCCAUUGGGUCGUGUUGAAACUGGUGUCUUGAAGCCUGGUAUGGUUGUGACUUUUGCUCCAACUGGUCUGACAACCGAAGUUAAGUCUGUGGAGAUGCACCAUGAAGCUCUCCAAGAGGCACUACCUGGUGACAAUGUGGGAUUUAAUGUGAAGAAUGUUGCAGUCAAGGAUCUCAAGCGUGGUUUUGUUGCCUCAAACACCAAGGAUGAUCCUGCCAAGGAGGCUGCCAACUUCACAUCCCAAGUCAUUAUAAUGAACCAUCCCGGUCAGAUUGGAAAUGGUUUUGCUCCUGUGCUUGACUGCCACACUUCUCACAUUGCUGUCAAGUUUGCAGAACUUGUGACUAAGAUUGAUAGGCGAUCUGGUAAAGAGCUUGAGAAGGAGCCCAAGUUUUUGAAAAAUGGAGAUGCAGGAUUUGUUAAGAUGAUUCCUACCAAGCCCAUGGUCGUUGAAACUUUCUCCGAGUAUCCUCCUCUUGGUCGUUUUGCUGUGAGGGACAUGCGACAAACUGUGGCUGUGGGAGUUAUCAAGAGUGUGGAGAAGAAGGACCCCACUGGAGCCAAGGGUACCAAGGCUGCACAGAAGAAGUGA